AUGUAUAUUAUGGAGCUCUUCCCGCCGCCCUGCCCUCGUGAGUACAUUGAGGCACUUCAGUAUAUUGACGGAUUGAAGUACUACGAUGCCCCAAACUAUCAGUACAUUUAUGGCAUUAUGCGAAGGGCUCUGCAGUCAUCUAGAGCGCAAGAAUUUCCAUAUGAUUGGGAAAUGGGUGGUCCGACGGCUUACUUACUUCAGUAG